GGAGCUCUAUAAUCCUGGAAUCUGGGAAUGUUAAUGAUUAUGAAGUAGUGUAUCCGCAAAAAGUUCCUGCAUUGCCCAAAGGAGUUCAGAAUCUUGAGCAAGAGACCAAGUAUGAAGACAAAAUGCAAUAUGAAUUUCAAGUGAAUGGAGAACCAGUGGUCCUUCACCUAGAAAGAAAUAAAGGACUUUUUUCAGAAGAUUACAGUGAAACUCAUUAUUCCCCUGAUGGCAGAGAAAUCACAACAAGCCCUCUGGUUCAGGAUCACUGCUAUUAUCAUGGUUACGUUCAGAAUGAUGCUGACUCAACUGCAGUCAUCAGUGCAUGUGACGGCUUGAAAGGACAUUUCAAGCAUCAAGGGGAGACAUACCUUAUCGAACCCUUGAAGCUUUCCGACAGUGAAGCCCAUACAGUCUACAAAGCUGAAAAUGUAGAAAAGGAGGAUGAAACCCCCAAAACCUGUGGGGUAACCCAGACAACUUGGGAAUCGGAUGAGCCCAUCGAAAAGAGCUCUCAGUUAGUUGUUACUCCUGAACAAAACGAAUACUUGAAGGCCCCAAAAUACAUUGAGCUUUUGAUAGUUGUGGACAAUGUAAUGUACAGGAAAUACACCGGCAAUUUAACUGCUAUAAGAACAAGAGUAUAUGAAAUAGUCAACGAUGUAAAUGUGAUGUGCAGAGUUUUCAAUAUUCAUGCAGCACUGACUCGCCUAGAAAUUUGGUCCAACAAAGAUAAGAUUAAGGUGCAGUCAGCGCAGAAUGUUACUUUGGAUUUAUUUGGAAGAUGGAGAGAAACCGAUUUACUCGCAAAUCCAAACAGAAGAAAUGAUAAUGCUCAGUUACUCACGGGCAUUAACCUCAAUGGACAAACUGUAGGAUUUGGUUACGUGGGCAGCCUCUGCGAGCCAAGGAGUUCUGUAGCAAUUGUUCAGGAUCAUAGCAAAACAGCAAGUCUUGUUGCAUCUACAAUGGCCCAUGAGUUGGGUCAUAAUCUGGGCAUUAAUCAUGACACAGCUUCCUGUAAUUGCCGUGCUAAAUCAUGCAUUAUGUCUCCGACACUAGGAUAUGAACCUUCAUACCAGUUCAGCUCUUGUAGUUAUGAUCAAAAUCUGAGGUAUUUUAUUGAUAAACGCCCACAAUGCAUUCUCAAGAAACCCUUGAUCACAGAUAUUGUUGCACCUGCAGUUUGUGGAAAUUAUUUUGUGGAGGCGGGAGAAGAAUGUGACUGUGGCUCUCCUCGGAAUUGUCAAAAUGCCUGCUGUAAUGCUACAACUUGCAAACUGCAACCUGGAGCACAGUGUGAAUCUGGAGAGUGUUGCGAGCAAUGCAGAUUUAAGGGAGCAGGAGCAGUGUGCCGGGGAGCAAGGGAUGACUGUGACUUGGCUGAACACUGCACUGGCCAAUCUGCUGAGUGUCCCACGGAUCUUUUCCAGAGGAAUGGACUACCAUGCCAAAACAACCAAGGUUACUGCUACAAUGGGACAUGUCCCAUCUUGACAAAGCAAUGUAUUGCUCUCAUGGGGCCAGAUAAAAAGGUGGCUCCAGAUAUAUGUUUUGAUAAUAACCUGGGCAGGAAUAAUUAUGGCUACUGCAGACAGGAACAAGGUGUAAACAUUCCAUGUGAUCCACAGGAUGUAAAGUGUGGCAAGUUAUUCUGCAUAUCAGGUUCAGGUGGAAAAAAGAUUACAUGCACAUACAUCAAUUCACCCGAGGGAAUGGUUGAUCCUGGAACAAAAUGUGGAGAUGGAAAGGUCUGCAUCAACAGGCGCUGUGUUAAUGUGCAAACAGCCUACUGAUCAACCACUGGCUUCUCUCAAAUUUGAUUUUGGAGAGCCUUCUUCAAAGACUAUUUGUUUGGAAAUGCAAUUUAUUUUAUUUGAGACGACAUCGAA